AUGCACCGCAAAGGGGUGGGUGUGAGGGAAUUGACGUGCAUAGGGCUUGUGCCAUUGUAUCGAUUCACUGCUGCAGUCGCUGGCGAUGAUGGGCUGCUUCUUGGGGAGGCCGUUGUUCCUCUAGCGCAGCGGGGACGCAUCGAACAGGGCCAGCUCAAAGUCAAGCUUGGACCUCACAUCGACGUUACCAAGCUGGCCGCACUUGGAGCAAAGGGCCUAUGCCGCAACUGCCCCAAAGUCACUGAGGAGGUCAUGAAGGUCAUUAUUAGCCACCGUAACACCACCAUACAGGAAUGGAGCCGGACUGGGACCCCGGGGGAGGAGAGCGAGGAGGAGUUUGCGUGA